AUGCCCAACGUUACGUCUGAAGUUGAGAGGAGGUACUCCUCCUCCACCGACUCCUCAGUGGCGGUCACAGCUGGCAGCUCAAACUCCCACUCGAGCUCCAGCCCUGCAACAACGACCUCAAUCCCAGACCAGCACCAGCAUGUGCAGGAGAGCCAGAACCAAGCACCAGCCCCAGCCCAGAUUCCACACCAGGACCACCAGCACCACCAGUAUCAACAUUGCCACCACCAGCACCCGGACCAGUACCACCCGGACCAGCACCACCCGGAUCAACAUUACCACCACCACCACCACCCCCACUCCCCCCAAUUCCUCCGCCUCCAGUCCACUUGGAUCUACCACCUCUACGCCGUAGAACAGGCCCGCCUCUCCUUCCUCCGCGCCGCUCAAAUCCACGACACCACAUGGGAUCAACUGAACCACAUCAUCUCCCGGUACCAUACCAUGUCGGAGGACGACCGCCAGUGGCUCGUAGCCCAAUUCACUUGGGACGAACGGCGCCUUUUGCGCGAGGCAGAGUGGAAGUUGUGGGAUUUGGUAAAUAUUGACCAUCCAAGGCUGGUAGAGAUGGUGAGGGCGUAUGCGGAGGGGGUGUGGAGGGAGAGGGAGGAGGAGAUGGGUAGACAAAGACAGAGGGAGGAGAUGAGGAGGUGGGAGGAGGUGGUUAGGAGGGAGAGGGAGGAGAGGGAGGAGAGGGGGAGGCAGUUGGAACGGGUGGAGGUGGAGGAGAGGAGGGUUAGGUUGGAGAGGGUGGUGCAGGAGAUGGUUAGACGGAGGGAGGAGGCUAGAAGGUUGGAGGAGAUGGGUAGGAGGCAGAGGGAGGAGAGGGAGAGGUAUUUGGAACGGGAGAGGGAGAGGAGACGGAGGGAGGUGGGGGAGUUUGAGGCGAGGCUGAGGGGGGCAGAGGUGGAGGAAUCCGAGGAGCGGCCGAGGGGGAUGGGGAGGGAGUUGAAGGACGCUAGUAGGAGGAACGAGGAGAGGUUUAGGAGGUGGAUGGAGGAGUCGAGCAGAAGGGAGGGGGAGGGGUUUAGAGGAGGUUGCGAGGACUGUGGGAGAGGUGAGGGUUAG